AUGGAUCUCGACAAGGACAACGCCAACCCCACCAUCUUGAACCCCUCUGACCUGCCGUCGCGCCGCCGCGAAUCGACGGCGGGCAGGCGUGACGAUGGCGGUUCGGGGCUGUUUGAUGACCUGAUACCGCGCUACAACUACCUGAACGACGCUUUCGACGACCCUGUGUCGGCCAGUGACUCUGACGAUGACGUCGUGGAGAGCAUUGACGAACAGGAGAUCUAUGACCUCAUUUCCACCAUCGCAGACCCAGAGCACCCAUUGUCACUAGGCUCGCUGGCUGUAGUGAACCUGCCCGACAUCCACAUCCUGCCUCCCGUCUCUCCGCAGUCUUCCAUCAGCACGGUGCUCGUUGAGAUCACACCGACCAUCACGCAUUGCUCGCUAGCCACUGUCAUUGGCCUGGGGGUACGCGUCCGGCUUGAGCAAGCUCUGCCUCCCCGGUUUCGUAUCGAUGUCCGCAUCAAGAAGGGCACCCACAGCACCGACGAAGCUGUCAACAAGCAGCUGGGAGACAAGGAGAGAGUAGCUGCUGCGCUCGAGAACGGCACACUGAUGGGCGUUUUGAGGAAGAUGCUCUCCACCUGCGAAUAG